AUGCGCACAUCAGACCUGCAGCGCCUACAGCGCUUGUUUGCUUACUUCAAAAAAAACACGAGCAAAGCGUUGGAGGGUUGUUGUGCGUUAGUUGAGCUCAUUGAUGAGGACGAUUUAACCAACUGGUACGUGCUGCUGAAGUACGAGGAUGAAAACAAGAAGGAGUUCUUCGUUUCUCUGCGCUUCUACUUCUUUGAGGAGUUGCACCGUAUGCCGCUUGUCUUUGUGAUCGCCCCGCGGCUCGUGGCGACGUUCAUUCACCACGGCGCAAUUUGUUCGCUGGAGCUGAUGUCGCAGCAGUGGUCGGUAGACGCUGAGGGGGUCGCGCUCCUCAUCCGCUCGCUGCACGCCACACUUAACCCGUUCAGCCCUGACAGCAAGGUGACCGUGGAUGAACUUGGCAGCGGCAGGAACGGCGGGAACCAACAGCACCGGUUGGCGGCCGCCGAAGCGGAGGACGUCGCCGCUGCUCCCGCCGUCUCUGUCGCGGCGUACACGCGGGACGAGCAUGAGUUGGGCAUCCGACACAUUCGUCAGUCCCAUCCGCAUCUCUUCCGCGGUUGUGUCCGCAGUGAACUUUCCAAGCAGCAGCAGCAGCAGCAGGGUUCACUGGCGACAACGUCCAUGACUAGUAGCACGGUUGCUCCGGACCCCUCCUCCGCUUCCUCCUCCAUCGUGGAUGCGUGCCACGAUGGAAGAGGAAUAUCAGCACCAGUAAAGAAGGCAAUCAUUCGUUGCAGGGAAGAACUGCAGCAACUCUUUCUUGCGGGUGGGGUGAUGGAUGUUCAGCUGGAUGUUUGGAGUCACGACUCGUCAGAUGGAGGUUGCGGCAUGAGCGUUAAUGAGCAUCUUGUGACGUGUACGCUACCCGCGCUUGGCGGCGCUUUCCCGAGCUACACGAUGACGAUUGCGCCGUGCCGCGAGAAGAGGAAAAAUGAAGCGGCGGCACAGCAAGGGGUUGCCGCGGCCGCACACCCGGAACUUGAAGAAUUUACAGAAGAAAUCAACGUUGACGUGGCCCUCGACACGCCAAAGGCGGGCGGAAGCGAGGUUGGCUUGACGGCUCCUGCCACGGAUUUGUCGCAUGCAGGCGGGGCUGCGGAUGGCCGAAGACGGGUAAGCCUCCAACCAUUCUUCACGUCUAGCGUUGGCGUCGAUGAUGUAAUUCCGGAGGUCAAGCAGGGACAUCGCAGUCAACCUCGGGGUAGGAGAAACGUAUGCGCCCGUCGACAGGUUGCCGAGGGAGAGCGAGAUGGAGGAGUGGCUCUAAUUUUGACGGCUGAGGCGAGUGGAGGCACGGAGGGUAGUGGUAUUCUUCCGAAUACGGAAAGAAUUCGGAGGCCGGAGGCCCCUUGCACUAUUCCGAUGGGUUGCACUCUGCGACUUGAAAACCUCACAGUGUACGGCGCGAUCACUGUGCUUGGAACCCUUGAAAUGUCUGACUGCACGUUCAUUGGUCACUUUUCCACGGAAGGUGAGGGUCGGGCGGAAAUUUCGCAGUGCAAUGUGUACGUGGACUGUGCAGAAACGCGCAGCGAAGGUAUUCUGGUCCUAGAUGCCUCAACUUUGGAAAUACGGAACAACACGACGGUGCAGCGGAAGGAGCAUGCAUUCGUAGAUGGGGAAGAGUCCCUUUCUGUUAGUCCAUUUGCAUCGUUUGUGCUACAAGCCUUUAUACUGGUUUCUAACAGUGGAAGGCUACGCAUACAGGGAGGCUGUCACCUCAUGCCGUAUGGCACUGAAAAGACAAUAUUUGCCGAACAAGAUGCCUCAGUCGACAUUGCCGAUUGUAGUAUUAUGGCAGGCAACAGCAGUGCGGUUAGUAUCCUUGGUUGCCAUGCUUUUUUUGCCAACACCCGCUUUUACGGAUCCGAUCGUGUUGAGUUACAGGUCUCCGACCUUAAUCGUCUAACCGGGCUUAACGUGGAGUUAGGGGGCCUCGUCACUGCCCGUCAUUGUGUGGCGGAGUAUCUAUACUUUGGCUUUUCGGUGAUUGCACACUCCGUUGCUCACUUCUUUGGGUGCCACGCCGAGCAUGUUGUGAAUGGCUACACCAUUGAUGCCUCCUCCGUGACGAUUGAAAACAGCUCUGCCCGCACCAACCACGUGGGUGUGUUUGUGCUAAAUAAGGCGAAGUGCAGCAUUAACAACGAAGAUGACCACGUCCUUCCGUUUGACGAGCGCUGUUGCCUUUUACUCAAGGCACGUGAAAACGUUGAGCGGCUGCGUAAAUUUCGGUGCGGGGAAACACACAUGGGCGACGAAGAUCCAGAGACGAGUAGUGUCUUUUCCUCCGUCUCCAGCAGCCCGACGGAGCCACCGCAACCACACGCAGCGACAGUAAGCGAAGAUGAUACGAUGGAGCUUUACGCUGUUGAGGCUAUUCAGUCUGUUGACAUGAAUAAGAAGCCUUUCAUUCCCAACCUCUUCUCUGGAGCAACAACCACAGCAAAUGCGUCCAUCUUUCCCCUGUCGUUUAAAGGAGGACUUUUCAGUCUGGAGGUCCGCGAUGCCUGCAUGGUGGCAAAGGGGAUGCUUCUGGCAGACGCACAAGAUACUUCCAUCUACGUCUACGACCAGGGCACACUUACACUCACCGACGUCAUCGUUUGGAAAUCAUUGGCGUCGUCGCAGCAGCCAUGUGGAGUGAAGGUUGUGAAUAGCCAAGCGCAUGUGCAGCGUUGCUUGGUGGCGGAUUACGCAUUUGGUUUCGCGGCUAUUCAGGGGUCUGCUGUUCGCUUCGAAGACUGUAUGGCGGUGGGUGGGACGAAUGGAUUCACCGUGGAUGAUGCCCACUGCACCUUGCAUCACUGUGGUGCGAACACAGAUCACGUCGGCGUCUUCGCCCUCAAUCGAUCAACGCUGCGGAUGGACAACUUGAAUGCGGUCAAGUGUAAAGGAGGUUGGCUUUCGUGUGCGUUAAAGGGCCAUCUACAUGGGUUAGAGAGUCGCUCAAGCGAUACAAUGUGCGUUGGGGUUACAGUUCAGCGUGGGCUUGACAGCGGGUUUACAUGCUACAAUGGUGGAUGUCUCCGCCUUGAGAAGUGCACCGUUGACAUGAGUGCCGCUGCCUCCACCGAAGCCAGCAUUGGAGAAGCGUCGCGUCGCAAGUUCUCUUCUUCCGCUGUUGGCCGUUCGGGACUCAUCUUUGCUUCCGACCCUGUUGCCGAUGCGGCUGAAGGGUGCGAUGGGGACUGGAAUCGAGGCAAAGUGGGGACUGCAUCUGCGGUAAAUUUAACUCACGAUGACAACUCCGCUGCUUUGCCGUCGUACAGCUCUCAGAAGAACUCUGGUGUGAAGGCCUGGUCGGGAAGUCGCUGCAUCGCGAUUGGGUGUGAAGUGCGGCACGUAACCUUUGGGUACGCCGCGAUUGGUCCUGACACGGAAUUGGAGGCCUCUCACUGCACGGCGAAGCAUAUUGUGAAUGGUUUUACCGUGGACAGCGCCAAGUGUAGGCUGUCGCGUUGUAGCACCAACAGCAAUCACGUGGGAGUGUUUGUGCUUAGUCAUGGAACGUGCAAGGUGCGCCGUGGCAGCUACACAGCUCGCAUGUACAGCAUUGAGAAUCGCAAUGGCAUUGUGCACAUAGAAGGACAUGUGAAGCUGAGUGGUUUUUCGCGAAUUGGCCUCUACGUUUACGAUGGCGCGAGAUUGGACACCUUGACAGACAGCAUGUUGGAUAUCAAGGUUCGCAAGGACCCUGCACGGCAGCAGUUGCCUCCAGAGUUAACUCUCACAGGGCCCUCGGCAACUCCGUCUGGGCUCUUCCCCUCAUGUUUUGCGAUUGAUAAGGGCACCGCAGUGAUUCACAAUGCCUUGUUUGGCGGUGGUGCACAAUGUGCUGUGAGUUGCGGGGAUGGCGCAAACGUGUAUCUGCACCAAUGCACGGCAGAGUUUUGCAACGUGGCGUUUAAUGCCCUCUCAGGGUCGCAAAUGUAUCUGUCCGACUGUUAUGCCAGACAUGUUAGACGUCACGCACUCAUUGUUCACCGUGGCGGCGUCUCGCGGGUAAAUUGUCAAUCACCCGUCUCCUCGACAAGCGGUAUUCUGCAGGGAAGACUACAGAUUGAGGGAAAGUGCUUUUUGGAGCACGUUCUGCUCCAUCCCACCUCGGACCUGGACUGUGAACAAGCUGUCGCCUCCCUGCAGUCCCAGCCACCGCCCCCAUCCUCAUCCUCGGCAGAUCCCGCAUCUCCCAGGUCUCUGUCUUUUAUACCAUCAGCAUCUUCAGUUUCUCCCUUGCCGAAGCCAAACGGUCUCAUUCGUGUUUCCUGGAAUGGGGCGCUGGUGAUGGAUUGCUGUCUCGUCCUUCUUGAGGAGCAACAUCGCGUGGUGGAAGAGGAUUUCGGCGGCGGCGACGACGACGACGCGAUGGCAAAGUACGUGAUUGUGGCGGAAGGCCGCCGGGCCACAGUACGUUUGCGAAAUGUUCUUUUUCGGAAGGUACUUACGGCUGCAACCGGUGGUGUGGGGAGCUGUAGCGUCUCGACGAGCUCUCACGGCAGUGUCUUGCUGCCCAACGAUGCGCCUGCCAGCAAUGCCCCUUGUGGCAGGACAACUUGGUAUGGUCUCGUUUUACUGCAGGGGGCAAAAGGUGAAAUACAUGGCUUUUCCGAGGCAUCACUCAUUGGCAGUAAUGCCUCUUCUAUUCCUGGAACAACCGUGGAACACCCACUCGAGACAUCGCAGGCGGUGACGCAUUACUCUCCCAGAGCGUCUGUGGAAGGUGGCACGGACCGAGUUGCCCUUGUAGACAACCCCAACUCCCCGGUGGCCGAUGAUUCUCUUGUGCAGAAUGUGAAGAAAGGCCCGGGUGCGUUGUCAUGUGGCGAAUUUGUACCUCUACGUGUUUACAUGACCCGGACGUCUUCGUUGGUGACAGAAAAUGUGAAUCUGCGGCAACUUAUUGCUUCUGGCGGGUCAAGUAUUGAUGCUUCACACUGCUACUUCGCCGGGGCUGAGGCUGUCGUGCUCACUGGCGGCAGCACCUUGCGGGCAGCUGAGAGUCGGUUUGUUAGCGCAGUUCGUGGUCCGGCGAUGCGAGUGGAGUACUCCACGGUGCAUCUCAACAGGUGUCGUGGCUAUUCCAUACACAGGGAGGUGGUUGUGGCGAGGAGCGCAACGCUGAACUUUGUUGAGUCUGUGUUUUUCAUAUUUAACUCCGCAACUAACGCCGCUGCCGGAAAAAACUUCUCCACCGGGGAACGCUGGUUUGAGCUCUCAUCAGACAACACUGGGGACAGCGAAAGUGGCAAAGGCGAGGAGGUAAUAAUUAUGCGUCGCCGCGGGUGUCGAAGCUGCGGCGAUGAUGACGAAAAUAGCGGCGACGGCGCCGUGGCGGCAGGUGCGAAACAAGGGGACAGCACGAUGUCAAAGACGGCAGCGCCGACGUGCCGGGCGUUGGAAAACACCCCCAUUGAACGGUGUGUGGUGGUGCCGUUAAUAAGCCCUUUGCUGUCUCACGCCUGUGCUGAGAAAACGCAGUCAGAUACCUUGCUGCAGGCCGUUAAUUGCCGACAGCCGCACGAGGACGGCAAUGUUGAUCGGCUUCCAGUUGCCGUGGGGGGCGCCCAGGCGGAAUCUCUUCCGGAGAAGUCUUCCGGCGAGGGGGAGGUGGCGGGGCCAACGUGCUGGAGAGGUGAGGCCAGCGGAUCCCCUAUGCACCGCAACGAAGGUGGUUCCCUGGCUGAGGCAAACUUGGCGUCUCUCGAGCCGGGGGCGCGGCCGUCGCUGGGAAGGAGACACUAUUUCAGUGUGCGGCUGGAGCGCUCCUGCCUGUAUUGUUGCAGUGUCACAAGCAUUGAGGGCGGUAUUACAGCCGAUGCCUCCAGCAGGAUAGAGGCCUGCCACUCCCCAUGGUUCUCAGGCAUUCUGCGGGCGGCAAGAACAGUGUUUUCCACCGUUUUUGGGGCGUGA